AUGAUCCUGAAACACGUGGGUGAUCAGAUCCAGAUUAAAUGCGCUGAGCUGGAGGAGGAGCUGAAAACUGUCACCAACAACCUGAAGUCUCUGGAGGCCCAAGCUGAGAAGUACUCCCAAAAGGAGGACAAAUAUGAGGAAGAGAUCAAGAUCCUGACGGACAAACUGAAAGAGGUAAGCAGAGAAAGAAAGGAGGGAUGA